GUGUCAAAGAUCAUUAUUUGUAACAUUACGGGGAAUGAUAAUACUGUUGUUGACAUACUGCACAUUAUCAAAAGGAGAGCGAUUACUGCAAGUCAGCUAGCUAGUGUGAAAAAAAGGUGACACUCAUUGUUAGUUGGAUGUGACGGUUGUCUAGUGGUGUGAAAGGAGAGGGGGUAUCAGCAGCAGAUGCAACCAGGAAGUGAGUAGGGUGUUUAAAAUAGGCUGAGCUGAGCUGAGUGAACUUCUAUCAUGGAGACAGCAAGCAGAAGAUUCAGCACCUUUGAAUAUAGCUACGGUAUGAGUGGCCCAUAGGAACAUUGGUGAAUUGGAGUUGCUCUGCCAUUACAAUGUCUGUGACAUUGAAGUAUUCCUUUUUGAGUGCUGUGUUCAUUUUAGGACACUGCUUAUAUUAGGAGAGAACUAGAGGGUUGUGUUGAUGAUGCAGACAGGGAAUUUAUACAUGGUUGUUGGACAGAUUUCCUCAAUUCCUCAAACACGUUGUUGAUUUUGUGAAUUGCAUGGUAAACAGAUCAAAUACAGAUGUCAAAUACUUUGAAUAAUUGAGGUGUGCUUGAUUUAGUUUGCCAAAGUGUGCAGUGUAUCCAAUGGAAUAGUCCCAAAAGUGCAAACCCCAAAAUACCAGUAAAUCAAGAGUACCUCAAAUACAAAGCAUUUGAUAUAUGUAUGAAUUUGGACCCAGGUCAGCUGAAUGGUGAACAAUGGUAUUUUCAUGCUUUAUGUUUGACGUUAUCAGUUGAUCAUCCUCUGUGCAUUUGUGGCCUAUGGGAUCAGCUGAGAUGACACCCCCCACCACUAUCCAUAGUGGAGCCAUUAUCCUGAUCCCUAAAUAAUUAACAAAUGUCUGUCGCUAUCUCUCUCUAUCUGUCAAACUUGCUCCAGUUCUGUCUGAUGCUGUAACGAAACAAUAGAGGCCUUGUGUGGGAGGUUCACAGCUAUAAUGGUGUGGUUGGCGAACCCUGCAAGGUGCAAUGAGCCUCCUUGGGGUAGAUACAGAGAGCAUAGGAUUGCUUUAGUCUCUGUGUCUUAUGCUUUCAACAAAGUACGAAAGGGACCUAUUUCUCCCCAUAUUUCAUAUUCGUUCAACAAAGUAUUGUCACUUCAAUAGAACUGCAUUACCAAAAAUAGAGUUUGUGGACAUUUAUCAAAUUAAAGGGAUAGUGUAUGCCAGCAUGCCAACAGAAAUCCACAUUGUUUUGCACUAAGUCAACAAACCCAAAUCUUCAGUGAACUUUCCCUUUAACCAUAUCAGACAUCGUGUGAGGGAAAAAGUGGGUCAAUGUGGUAUGGAACACAGAGAAGCAGGAAGAGGUCGGUAAAGGAAACAGUUGUGCCACAGCGAAGGAGGAAAUACUGGCAACAAAGAGUGUCAUUGACAUUAGAAGGAGCGCUCAUGCAAACCAGGGGUUAGUCAUACACUGAUACCUGCUCCGAAUCGCUUCUGUUACUAUCUUUUCCAAAUGCUUUCAGAUCUAUGCUGUAGAUCUAUGCUGUAGUGGCACAGCGCAGAGUUCAUGAAGAGUGGGUAGGGAGAUAACAUCUGAUCAGACCAUGUCAGACAAUCCCCUGGAAGAGAUCUUUAUAAAACGCUCCCAGCAGAAGAAGAAGACCUCCCCUUUAAACUUCAAGGAGAGGCUGUUCAUCCUCACGCCGGACAAGAUCGCCUACUACGACUAUGAUCUGGACAAAGCGAAAAAGAAGGGGUUGAAAGGCACCGUGGGCAUCGAUAAGAUCAAGUGUGUGGGGACAGUACAGCCGGAGCCCAGUGCCCCCGCAGAGCGCCAGUACCCAUUCCAGAUAAUCUACGAUGAGGGCCCCCUCUACAUAUUCGCCAAGAGCGACGAGGUCCGAAAACAAUGGAUCCACCAGCUGAAGCAUGUGAUGCGCUUCAACAAGGACCUGAUGCAGAAGUACCACCCGUGCUUCUGGAUGGACGGCAUGUGGCAGUGCUGCCAGCAGGAAGUCAAGCAAGCCAUGGGCUGCAGGGUGCUGGAGGCCAAGAAUGUAGGGCUUUCAAAUACUUGUCGGAGGCCGUCCAGAAAACCACUUCCGCCUACGCCAGAAGAGGAGAAACCUUUGAGGCCUUUACCUCCGCAGCCUCCCGAGCAGCCUGCGCUCUCUGCAGGCAUGACGGUGGUCGCUGAGUAUGAGUACACGCCUUCCACACCCCAGGAUCUGGAGCUGAGGAAGGAUGAGGAGUACACCAUUCUGGAGAUGUCUGAUGCCAACUGGUGGAGGGCCAGGGACAAAUACGGGAAGGAGGGAUACAUUCCCAGUAACUAUGUUGUGGAGGCUGGAAAUGAACUGGAAAGGUUUGACUGGUACUGCAAGAGCAUGAACCGCAGCCAGGCAGAGAAUCUGUUGAAGACCGAGAACAAAGAUGGUGGUUUCUUAGUACGAGACUCAAGCAAAGCUGGGAAGUACACCGUUUCUGUGUUCACCAAGGGCGGGGAGACUGCAGGUAGUUGCAGACACUACAACAUUUGCACCACCCAACAAGGCCAGUUCUACUUGGCAGAGAAGCACCAUUUCAGCAGCAUCCCAGACCUCAUUAACUACCACCAGCACAAUGCAGCAGGUAUGGUCAGCAGGCUGAAAUACAUUGUGUCAAGUCGUGCACAAAAUGCCCCUUCCACAGCAGGGCUUGGGUAUGGGGUAUGGGAAAUUGACCCACGCCACCUCACCUUCAUCAAGGAGCUGGGCAACGGGCAGUUUGGAGUGGUGAAGUAUGGGAAGUGGCAGGGCCAGCAUGACGUGGCCAUCAAGAUGAUCAAGGAGGGCUCCAUGUCGGAAGACGACUUCAUAGAGGAGGCCAAAGUCAUGAUGAAGCUCCGCCACGAGAACUUGGUUCAGCUGUAUGGCGUGUGCACCAAACAAAGGCCCAUCUACAUUGUCACAGAGUUCCUCUCCAACGGCUGCCUGCUCAGCUACCUGCGGGAAGGCCUAAAGCAGCACAUGUCCCCUAUCCAGCUCCUGGAAAUGUGUAAGGACGUCACAGAGGGCAUGGCCUACCUGGAGGCUCAGCAGUACAUCCACAGAGACCUGGCAGCCAGAAACUGCUUGGUAGAUACCAAUGGGACCAUUAAAGUCACUGACUUUGGACUGUCAAGGUAUGUCCUGGAUGAUGAGUACACCAGCUCUGCAGGGUCCAAGUUCCCUGUGCGCUGGUCGCCUCCUGAGGUCCUGCUCUUCUGUAAAUUCAGCAGCAAGUCCGACAUCUGGGCUUAUGGGGUCUUAAUGUGGGAGGUCUACACCUUGGGAAAGCUGCCCUACGAACGGUUAAACAACAAUGAGAUAGUGGACCAGGUGUCCCGAGGCCAUCGUCUCUAUCGCCCCCAGCUGGCCAAUGACAGAGUCUUCGCCAUCAUGACCAGCUGUUGGCUGGAUAAGGCAGACGAGAGACCCACCUUUCAGGAGCUGUCGGUGACUGUUCAGGACUUGCUGUAUGAGCUCCAGUAGAUCCAACCACCACAUUCUGAGAUUGAAACACAGUUCACAGACUCAUCCCUCUGGCAGAUACACUUCCUCAUGCAGAGAAGACUGAAGUCUUCAUCGCCUCAGGGCCUCAUCCAUUCUGGGCAUCAUCCAUUGGAGAAGUAGAUCAAACUGUUAAAGAAGUCCUGUGAGAGAGCUGAGAGAUGCUUUAUGGUUGAACAUGGGACUCCCAUGAUGAACUCCAGUAGAUAAAUAAAAUAUUUUCAUUUUAGUCAUUUAGCAGACGCUCUUAUCCAGAGCGACUUACAGUUAGUGAGUGCAUA